UUGAAGCAACAUGGCGACGUUUAAAAAGCCGCGACGUAAUUUUCGUGGUAGAAAAAUUGUUACAGAAGAAGAAUCGGAUGAAGAAAAGGAUGAGGAUGUACAAGAAAUGGAAGUUGACGAACAGUCUAAUGAUGCAGAUGGACCAAAACUUUCCAAAAAAUCAAAGAAGAGUAAAAAGGAAGCGAAAUCGUCCUUGAGUUUCGUCCAUGAUUUACAAAAUGAAGGUGAAGAAAUCAAGAUUAAAAAAUCUAGUCACAGCAAAAAACUGGCAAAGAUGCUAAAAAAGGAAAUGCAAAAAGAGAAGGAAGAAGUGCAUAAAGUAGAAAAGAUAAUCAAACAGGAACCAGUCCAGGUUGAAGUUACGUUUAGUCCAAAGGUUGACAGAGAUGCACAUAUAAAGAAAUUAAGAGAAGAGUUACUUACCUUGAAUGGAGAAGAGGCAGAGGCAGCAGAUAAUGAUAGCGAAGAAGAUGAGAAGGGAGCUAUCCAUAAAAUGCUUGGACGUGGCCAGAUACCAGAUGCAAACAUGAUCCAUAGCAUCAGGAAACAAAGACAACAGAGACGAGAUCUUGGAGAUUUUAUACCUGUUGAUGAUACAGUCAAAGUUGAAAAAUCAAGUUCAAAGUCUAGAUUAGUCAGAGAGGAUGACAACGACAAGAGUGAUGAUGAUGAAGAAGGCAGGAUAGAUUUCUCCGUCAAUACAUUUGCCAAAGAAAGACAGAAAAUACAGAAUGACUUUCUGGCUAUUGAACAUGGAAGUGACCAAGAGAGUGACCAGGACAAAGAAUGGGAAGAACAACAGAUCAGAAAAGGAGUCAAUACACAGGGUGCUCCAGGACAAGAGGAAUACAGUUACGACCAAUACAGAGAAACCAGUAAUGGUUAUGGUGUAUACAGAGGAGAAGAAGAGCAAUCUUUUAAACCAUUUAAGCCACUAACUGACUCACAGGACAUGUCUGGCGUAACCAUGGAGUCACUUAGGAAACGUUUACAGGAGAGAUUGACCUCUAUGGAUGAAGUACAUCGUAGCCAUGUGCGUGAACGAGACACACUUGAGACGGACAUUGAGGAAUCGUCGACUAGUAUUGACACGUGUAAAGAACGUGUCAAGGGGUUGGAAGAGCAAUAUCGCUUCUUCCAAGAAAUGAGGGGGUAUGUGAGAGACUUGGUUGAAUGUCUCAAUGAGAAGGUGCCUACCAUCAACGAUCUUGAGAAUAAAAUGCUUAUCUUACUUAGUAAUCGAUCAGAGAGGCUGAUAUCCCGCCGCCAACAAGAUGUACGAGACCAGUGUCAAGAUUAUAUGACAAGUAAAGCAAAAGUUGUCAUGGAGACAUCUGAAGACCAGGAAAGACAAAGAAGAGUUGCAGAAAGAGAGGCCAGGAGGGCCAGGAGAAGAAGAUUGAGAGAGUCUAAAGACAUUGUAGGUCACCAUGAUGGUCUGUCCUCAGAUGAUGAACAAAACCAAUCAGAAAUUACUAAAUUUAAUCUGGAAAAAGAAAGCAUACACAGUGGAGUGGAGAGGUUAUUUGAAGAUGUGGUAGAAGAUUUUAGUGAUAUACAUUCUAUUAGAGAAAGAUUUGAGGACUGGAGGUCAUUAUACAAUGAUACAUAUAAAGAGGCCUAUAUAGGACUAUGUUUACCCAAACUUGUCAAUCCAUUUGUACGAUUACAGCUGAUUAACUGGAAUCCUUUACAGGAAAGUUGUCGAGAUUUUGAAGAGAACAGUUGGUUUGAUACCAUGCUUUUUUAUGGUUCAAAAAUUGAAGAAUUAGUGGAAAAUGUAGAUGAUGAUGUAAAAUUAUUACCCACAAUUGUGGAAAAAAUUAUUCAACCUCGUCUUACUGUAUUUGCUGAGAAAAUCUGGGAUCCAUUAUCAACCACACAAACUUCCAGGCUAGUAAAUGUCGUUCAAAAAAUUAUAAAUGAAUAUCCAUCAGUUCAUGCUGAUAAUAAAAAAACACAGGAAUUGCUGAGAGCUAUUGUUAACAGAAUGAAGAAGACUCUUGAUGAUGAUGUUUUUAUGCCUCUUUAUCCAAAAUCAGUAACAGAGAACAGAGGAUCUGGCUCAUCUGUGUUCUUUCAUCGACAGUCCUGGACAUGUAUAAAGCUACUAGGUAACAUUUUGAGUUGGCAUGGAAUCCUCUCCAGUAAAGUACUACACAGUCUUGCCCUGGAUGGGUUAUUGAAUCGUUAUAUCAUACUUGGUCUGUGUAAUUCACCAAUUGGUCAAGAAACCAUCCAGAAAUGUCAAUCAAUAAUAUCAACAUUUCCAAAGCAGUGGUUUACAGGUUUAACAGAAGACAGAACCAUGCCACAGUUAGAAAACCUCUGUAGAUAUCUAGUGUCAAUAUUUAAUUCUAUUCAUAUUCAGUCCCGUACAGAUUUCCAAAAAAUGGAAGCCAAAGAAUAUGCAAAACAGAUCAGUAAGAUGCUGAUUGGUGUUCAUGCCAUGGAUCUCGUUACGAAUUUACCAAAGGUCACAUGACUAACGGAGAAAACUGUAGAGGAUUUUCAAAAACUUUGUGUUUAACUGUGUGACACUCCAGAAACUACAUAAACUGACAGUUAAAAAUGUGAAUAAACUUGCAGUAAAAACUGUGACUAAACUGCCAGUAAAAACUAAAUAAACUGACAGUAAAAACUGUUAAUUAACUGACAGUAAAAACUUGAUAAACUGGCAGUAAAGACUAUGAAAUAACUGUAAUAGCAGAAACAGUUCACUAACAAAGAACCACCAAACAUUGCAAGUCAGUAUGAAAGGACUAUAGUGGGCUUCUGAACAUGUGUUUUUUGAGAGGAAAUAAAACGUCUUAGUGCUAUAUAAAUAUGACUUUUCAUGUUGUAGUAUUCCUUCCAUUCGGGUCUUUCUUUAUUGUGACACCUAAUGAUAUCCUGUCAUAGUCAUUAUGUUCAAAAUCUUGUAAGAAUUUUAUAGAAACUUUAAACUGAAAAAUAGCAAGAGGUUAGAUUGAAAAUACAAAUUAUCUCCCUUCAUAGAUUGUAUGUUUGAAAUCUCUCUCAGAAAAUGAGUAUAAGGGUUGAUUGGAAAUAAGAAUUCCUUUUUAGACUUGAGUUUUCACAAAUUAUCUUCGUUAAUAGAUUGUUUAAAAUCUCACGGGAUAGCAGAAAAUAAGUAUAAGGGUUGAUUUUGAAUAAGAAUUCCAUGUUUGACUUAGUUUUCACAAGUUAUCUCCCUUUAUAGAUAGUAUUUCUAAAAUUUCUUUGGGUAGCAGAAAAUAAGUGAAAGGGUUGAUUGGAAAUAUGAAUUCCAUGUUAAAUGAAGUUAUUAAAAAUGUACAACAGUA